AUGACACCAAAUUGCGUACUAUCGAUAAUAUUGAUGAUAAAAAUUCAAUUGAAAACACAUAUAUUCCAAAAGUAGAACUCUCAAAUAUUUCAUCCUUAAAUAAAAUCGAAACUUCUUCAACCGAUAGUAAAGAUGACACCAAAACGCAUUAUAUCGAUAAUUUUGAUGAUAAAAAUUCAAUUGAAAACACUGAUAUUCCAAAAGUAGAAUCCUCAAAUAUUCCAUCCUUAAAUAAAAUCCAAACUUCUUCAACUGAUAUUGAAGAUGACACCACAUUGCGUUCUAUCGAUAAUAUUGAUGAUAAAAAUUCAAUUGAAAACACUGAUAUUCCAAAAGUAGAAUCCUCAAAUAUUCCAUCCUUAAAUAAAAUCCAAACUUCUUCAACUGAUAUUGAAGAUGACACCACAUUGCGUUCUAUCGAUAAUAUUGAUGAUAAAAAUUCAAUUGAAAACACUGAUAUUCCAAAAGUAGAAUCCUCAAAUAUUCCAUCCUUUAAUAAAAUGGAAGCCGCUUCAACCGAUAUUAAAGAUGACAUCAAAUCGCGUUUAAUUGAUAUUGUUGAUGAUAAAAAUUCAAUUGAAAACACAUAUAUUCCAAAAGUAGAAACCUCAAAUAUUCCAUCCUUAAACAAACUCGAAACUUCUUCAACCGAUAUUAAAGAUGACACCAAAUCGCGUUCAAUUGAUAAUAUUGAAGAUAAAAAUUCAAUUGAAAAAACUGAUAUUCCAAAAGUAGAUUCCACUAAUAUUCCAUCCAUAAAUAAAAUGGAAGCUUCUUCAACCAAUAUUGAAGAUGACACCAAAUCGCGUUCAAUUCAUAAUAUUGAUGAUAAAAAUUCAAUUGAAAUAACUGAUAUUCCAAAAGUAGACUCCUCAAAUAUUCCAUCCUUAAAUAAAAUGGAAGCUUCUUCGACCGAUAUUGAAGAUGACACCAAAUCACGUUCAAUCAAUAAUCUUGAUGAUAAAAAUUCAAUUGAAAACACUGAUAUUCCAAAAGUAGAAUCCUCAAAUAUUCCAUCCUUUAAUAAAAUGGAAGCCGCUUCAACCGAUAUUAAAGAUGACAUCAAAUCGCGUUUAAUUAAUAUUGUUGAUGAUAAAAAUUCAAUUGAAAACACAUAUAUUCCAAAA